AAAGCAUAAGCUUGCAGCAGCGGAGUCUCACCAAAGAUUCGUGAAAACGACGCCGAAACCCAAAGCUACGAAGAAUAACAGAGGAGAACUGGAGCCAUUGUUGUUGUCUUUAUUGUUGUUGUCGGUGUUGGUGGCGGAAGCGGCGCUCGCGGUCGUCGAGACAGAUUCCGGGGCGGCAGCUCUGGCGACGACACGAGUCGCCUCGUUGAGCAACUCAUUGAUAACGGCCAUCUUCACGAUCGGGCGUCGGCUCGGACAGGAUUUGAGCGAUGGAAGGCGGGCUCGAAUUGACUCGGGGGCUGCCGUACGGGUACCAUGGGCUGUCGACAAACUCACGGGCGAUGCAGCGACAGCGGGAUCGAGCGGAUAGCGGGCGGGAAAUGCGGAACCGAGACAGAGGAAGGUUUCGCUUUUACAUCCAACGCCUUUAUUCCUCUGCAACUAUUUGCACGUCUCACUCCGUCGGGACCGGCGGGGAAGAAGAUGCGAAGAGGGGAGAAGUUGCGCCGACGGAUGGCUGGAUGGGAAAGGAUGGAAGAAGACGGACGGGGAUGGGAUGGGUCUAUGUCUGGAGAUGGGGUGACGGCGGAGGCGGAGUGCAGGUGGAGUGGACGAGGCCAAGGCACAGAGAGAGGAAGGGCGACGACUCGCGUGGGAGAGUGCGAGUGGGCAGGUGAAAAAGAGGGAAAGAGAGGAAUGGGGCGAGGCCGGGCCGGGGGGCGAACGGCGAGUCGUGAUUGGCCCGUGGGCGAGCGCAAGAGUGCGAGUGGAGCGCCAGAGUGCCCAGCCAAGCAGCGACGGAGGGGCCGUGAGAGACACUGUGCAGGGGUACCUGUGGCCGGGCAAGCUCUAGACCGCGUGCAGCCUAGGGAAGUACCCAGGAGCCAGGUCAACCAGGUGGGUUUGCCGCGGGCGAGCAGCAGUGCUGAAUGCGCUGAGUGCCCUGUAACUUGGGCCAGCCACCCAACGGAGGUGCCCUAUAAGAAGUCCUGGUGGCGCCCCGGAGGUCGGGAGGUAUGGGCGAGGGCCCUGUAAACGUCGCUCUGGCCGCUUUGGUGGCCGCAACGCAGCAGGGGGCGGGGGCCGCUUCCCACUUCAGCUCUGCGUCUGCUUUGAGACCGGAGAGGGGGAGGGAAUCCUGGGACCCCAGCUGAGAGGAGGGUUGGCAGAAGGGUACCGUGGUUGGCUGAUGGCCUGCCGCACUGAGACUCGAGCUAUUGCGUGUUUGCUGCUGCGCCGUGGGAGCUCGAUUUGUUGGGUGUCUUUUUUCCCCCUGUUUGCGCUCUUGCUGGG